CUCAUAGUCAUAUCUGCCAAGACUGUCGUGGAAGACGCAUCUCUUCUCGGUGCGCGCGUCCGUCCGUACAAGAAAAUUCAUCCAUGCGCGGUAUUUGAUAAGUUUUCGAGGAAAGGACGAUACGUGUGGGGGUAUUUUUAAAGUGCAGGAUCCCGACUUACGUUUAAGUGAUUUUGAGGAAAUUUUGAAGGAAGAAACAAACUGACCACAAAAGGAUUACCGAGCAUGCGUAACCAAUGGUAACCGGAAGUUACAAGUGCGAAAACAAACAACUUGACGAAACCAGCGUGCGUGAACCAAGAAGAUCCAAGUGGGCGUACAAGGUGCAAACACAAACAUGACAAGGAUUAAGUGAGUGAGAGAUACACUGAAACAAAUUCAAACGUGCCUUUCGAGAUGUUUAAGUGAUAACCUGACGAAAGCCGCCUUAUUAAGAAUAACAAGUGCAAUUGUUUACAAAAUCUGAAGAAGCACAAACAACAACUAAAGAAGGAGCAGCAAGCUGACAGCAACCAAGUCCCAGCCUGCCGCAAGAAACCAGCCAACUCCUCAACGAAAACAGCUCCCAAGAUCCCAACCCGCCAUGGACCGCCACUCCGACUCGUCCCAGGAACCGAUGGACAUCAGCUCGUCGAUCAAUCGCAGCGGCACCAGUACCGAGGCGAACAACUCCACCCUCAACAGCUUGCUGCUGCUGAACAAAUCUCGCCAGACGGCGGCCGAGUCGUCCGACAAUGUCGACUCGGACUCGGAAGAGCAGCAGGCCGGAGGUCGUCACCUGCGGCACCAGCGGGCGCAGAACCUCCACGCUCUGAUGGACAACAUGCUGCGCCGCAAGUUCCACAGCAUGAACAACAACAAUUACAGCGGCACGGAGAAGCGAUCACCGCCGACGCUACUCCAGCAGCACCUGUCGGCGGGUAGCGAAACCAACAACAACAACCAGACGUCAGAAGCGAACUCGGAAUAUGUCUGUCCAAUCUGCAGCACCGUGUCCGCGACCAAGCACGACUUUACCGAGCACAUCCGGUCGCACAACAACAGCGGCAAGGCGGCAGCGGAAGCCGGCACCACCGAGUUUGUGUGCAAGAUCUGCUCGAAGGUGCUGUCGUCGGCUUCGUCGCUGGAUCGGCACGUGCUGGUGCACACCGGGGAGCGUCCGUUCAACUGUAAGUACUGCCAGCUGACGUUCACGACGAACGGGAACAUGCACCGGCACAUGCGAACCCACAAGCAGUCCGAGCGGGAGAGUUACGAGAGUGACGCGUCGACGGACAGUGGAGGUGGGAGUAGCUCGGGGAUGUCAAACAAUAACAACAACGGGAGUUAUGGGAAUAACUACGAUGGGGAGGGGAAGCGGAAGAACAGUGACGAGAACGUGCACUACAAGCGGAAGAUCCGGACGAUCAACAACAAUCACUUGUUGGACGGGAGUGUGACGGAGGGAGUGCAGAAGUUCUGCUGUCCGGUUUGCAUCCGGAACGACUUCUCGAGCAUGGUUAGUUUGGAGAACCACAUGGAUCGGGAGCAUCCGCAGAUUCCGGCCAAGUGCCGGCACUGCGAUGUGGUGUUCAAGAGUUACAAGGCGUUGAAUGCGCAUCGGUGCGGAAACAACAACUACCAGAACAUUACGCCGGGCUUUAAAGACCUGACGUUUGUGGACUUUUCCAGUGAAAAGUUCCCGCUGAUUGCGAAAAGCGUGUGCGAGCAGAGCAUCCGGACGCCGGUGACGAGUCAGAAGUUCGAGUGCUCCAAGUGCUACCGGGCGUUCCCGUGCUCCAAGACGCUCGACAUGCACACCAAGGACUGCGGAGUGUCUGAGUACGGAAGCAGCCCGACCGAGAAGCGCAAGUGGAAGACCAGUGAAGCUUCGUCGGAGGACGACCUCAAGCGGGACGACUUCUUCGCCAACCUGGACCUCCAGAACAAGUCCAUGUCGACGAACAUGAGCUCGAACGUGUCGGAAGCGCCAACCACGCCCUCCUCGCUGGACAAGUCGUUCUCCUCGCCGAUCAUCAAACAGGAACCGAACUACUACCACCACAGCGGUUCUACCUAUCCACAACAGCAAGACACCAAAGAUCUCGCCGACAUCCAGUCGAUCAUCAACGUCACCUCGUCCGGCGGCUUCUUCCGGCAGCAGCUGGACAAGGAUCCGUACCCCAAACAGGAGGAGGAGGAAGCGCAGGACGCGUUCACGUCCGAGUUCCGCAAGAUGAAGCUCCGGGGCGAGUUCCCGUGCCGCCUCUGUACCGCUGUAUUCCCGAACCUGCGUGCCCUCAAGGGUCACAACCGCAUUCACGUGUCCGCCUCCGGACCCGGUCCGUACCGCUGUAACAUGUGCCCGUACCUCAUCAACGACAAGGCUACCCUGAUCCGGCACAUGCGAUCCCACAACGGCGAUCGGCCGUACGAGUGCGCCCUCUGCAACUACGCCUUCACCACGAAGGCCAACUGCGAGCGGCACCUGCGGAACCGUCACGGCCGAACCACUCGUGAUGAGGUCAAACGCGCCAUCAUCUACCACCCCUCGGAGGACUCGUCCUGCGAGGAUCCGCUCAAGAAGCUGCAAAUGUUCAACACUCCCCCAACCGACUUCGAUCGCGAUCUGGACGAUCACCCCUCGGACCGCAGCACGCCCGUUUCGCACCUCAAAGAGAUGCUCAUGCCCGUUCCGAUGAGUCUGGUGACCAAGAUUGACAACACGCCGGUUCCCCCCACCACCCCAGCCAAGAUCCAGGUCAAGAGUCUGGAGAAGCUCAACCAGUUGACACCUCCGCAGGAGCAGGACUACGACAAGGAGCCGGAAACUCCGGAAACCCCCAUCGCCAAACCUAUGGAUCUCAGCAUGGACGCGCUGGACCUGAGCAAGAAGGCGGAACCUCCGAUGAUCACCCGUCGACUGGAGCACGACGCCGAUUCGGACCAUCCCCGAUCGGAAGACGACGAUCACGACGCGGAAGACGAGGACGAGGACGAAGCGCAGCUUCGCCAACCAGCCAAGAUCCCGAAGCUGGAUCUGUCCCUGCUCGAGAAGAACCAGCAGCAGCUGCUGAUGCAGCAAAAGUUCUUCAGCGAAGCCCUGUCCAAGAUGGACCCCGCGCACUACUUCCAGCUGAGCCAGCUGUACAGCCGCUUCCAGCUGCCAACGUUCCCGCUGCAUCCGCUGUUCCUGCAGAACCCGCUGCUGUGCGCCCCCGGCGCACUCGGUGACUUGAAAAACUUCUUCCCCAAAGAGUUCCCCAUGUUGCCACAAAUGUCCGGCGGCAGCCUCAUCGGCAACCCGUUCCACUCGCCCUCGGAAUCGCCCAAGAGCGUCGUUCCGGAACCGCAGUCCUCCGCACCCGCUCCUCCCUCCGCCAGUCCGGUUCCACCGCCGAAACACACCUACCAUGCUCAACCCGCGCCACAGAGUUUGCCAAAGGUGCCGCAGGCACCGCCGUCGCAGCACCACCAUCUCCACCACCAGAUGCCUCAGGUUCCUUCGCAAGUCCCGCAACCCCCUCCGCCACCACCACAAAUGCCCCCCAUCCCACUGGGAAACGGCCCCGUCAAGAUGGUCAUCAAGAACGGCGUCCUGAUGCCGAAGCAGAAGCAGCGUCGCUACCGCACCGAACGCCCCUUCGCCUGUGAGCACUGCUCGGCCCGCUUCACGCUCCGCUCGAACAUGGAGCGCCACAUCAAGCAGCAGCAUCCGCAGUUUUGGUCGCAGCGCCAGCGCGGCGGUCACCACAUGAUGCGGGGAGGGCGAAGCAGCGCAGCUGCUUCAGCUUCCACAGUUCCUCCGCACCACCAAAUGGCAGCCGCCUUCGGCGGCAUCUCGGAACAGGUCAAGUACGCCAUCUUGGCGCAGCAAUCGAGCAAGGGAGGUCAGGUUGGCGGGGGCGGCAGCAGCAUGCUGCAGAACAUCAUUGCUCAAGGUCAGAACCCGUUCGGGCUGCAUCCGGCGCAGAUGAUGGCGGCGCAGCCGCGUGCUGACAACCACCAUCACGUCAACAACGGGCACGGAGCGGACGACGAGGAGGAGGAGGACGAGCGCGAGCUCGUCAUCGAUGAGGAGUUCCACGCGGAAGAUUUGACCAAGGGCAACGAGAGCGAGGACGAGGAGGAGCCGGAGGAAGAGGUUGUGGAGCCGAAGCGGGAGAGUCCCGUCUUCCAGCACCACAUCCUGAAGCAGAAACUGGAAGAGACGAAGGAGCAGCGACAGCAGGCGGCCAAGGCCGUCGCCGACGGGAUUCUCGAACAGGCCAUGCGUCAGCGGAAGGAGCAGGAAGCUGCUGCGGCAGCUGCUGCCGCAGCUCCAACUCCCGCCAAAGCCGACAACAAGGAGGAAGCGGACCUGGUGCCGGUGGCCAAGCUCGUCGACAACGCCACCAACGUCGCGUUCGAGAACUACUUCAGCAGACCUGAGGUUCCGCUGUCGCAGGACCAGAGCGACGAGGAGGGUCUGGUCGCGUCGGGGUCCGCCUCGGAGAGCAACAACUCCGGCACGGACGACCCGCACCCGCUGUCGGCGCGCGAGCAGAACAAGAAAAAGUCCGCGUACAGCCUGGCGCCGAACCGGGUCAGCUGCCCGUACUGCCAGCGGAUGUUCCCGUGGUCCAGCUCGCUGCGGCGGCAUAUUCUGACGCAUACGGGGCAGAAGCCGUUCAAGUGCUCGCAGUGCACACUGCUCUUCACCACCAAAUCCAACUGUGACCGGCACCUGCUGCGCAAGCACGGCGACGUCGAAACGGCCAUGUCCAUCCCGGUGCCGAUCGACGAUCUGCUCGAUCCCAAGCCGGAACCGGUUCCGGUAGCGGUCGCCGAAGCCGCCAUUGCCAACAAAUCCAAAGCCACACCGCCGUCGUCGCGUCCGGUCAGUCCCAAGCCUGCUCAAAAAGAUGACGAAGAAGAAGAGGACGAGGAGGAGGAGGACGAGGAUGAAGACGAUCAGGAAGAGGAGGUUGAAGAGCCGCCGACCGUGAAAGCGCUGCAAGCGCCUGAAGGGGAAGAGCCUGAGCCAAUUCCGUCACCGGAGCCAAAAAUCAAGCUGGAGGAGCCGGAGCUGGCGACCGCCGACGAGAACAGCUGCUCGAUCCCGCCGAUCGCGUCGGAUCUUCCCUUCAAGUGCCACCUGUGCGAGAGUUCGUUCGCCGACCGGGUUAGCUGUCUGGACCACAUCAAGGGGGCGCACGUGGCGGAGUUUGCGCUGCUCAUGAACAAGGUCACGCUGGAGGCGGAGAGUGAAGCGCCGUCCGGCUCGCCGGACGAUGACGAAAGUGGCGAGGGCGGCACUCGGGGCAAGUUCCCCGACUAUGCCAAUCGGAAGGUAAUUUGCGCCUUCUGUCUGCGUCGCUUCUGGUCGACGGAGGAUCUGAGGCGGCACAUGCGCACCCACUCGGGCGAGCGGCCCUUCCAGUGCGAGGUGUGCCGGCGCCGGUUCACGCUCAAGCACAGCAUGUUGCGCCACCAGCGCAAGCACAAGUGUUCGACGGGUGGCGCGCAGCGGCGAACCGGUUCCGAGGACGGCAGCGAUGACGAGUCGGAAGCGCCGCCGGUUGCCGUGACGCGAUCAUCGAAAAUGUCCCGGCUGGGGCCCAACUCGGCGGACCUGAUUGGGAACCUGCUCGGCAUCAGCGACCAGGGCAUCCUGAACCGGGUGCUGCUCGGGUCGGCCUCCGAAGCGGCCAAACUGCUCGGCGUGGAGAAGUGAGCUGGGAAGGUGGGUGCAAGGAAGCAGCGAUUCUAGUCAAAAAAAAAACCCGUAAGUUUUAUCCUCACGAGCAACGAUUUUAGCCAGAUUUCCAAGUUUGAAAAAAAAGCGAAGAAGAUUUCCGCUCGCAACCGGUUCAACCGGUUCGGUGUCUGCCUGACGGCGGGUUGAAAUUCCGAUUGACGAGCCCGAUCUCCUCGAAUAGUAAGCGUUACGCCAAAUUUCAUCCCAAGUCGGAUCUUCUCUUUUUUCGAAGUGUCAAAUUUGACACUCAUCGAAGUAAUUUUAGAGGUUAAGUCAAACAAAUCUUAGAUUUUAACGAAACGAGAAUCAAAAUGCUAGCCGGUAAGAGUUGUAACGAUUUUUAGGGUAAGAGAUUUAAUUUCCCCGCCGUUUUAUCCUCCCCUCUUAAUCUUUCCCGUUCGUUUUGACAAACAAACGCAGAAUUUAGUAAACAAAAACAUUGUAAUAUAUUAGCAAAGCAUGGCCUUUUAAAACAAACAAGACAAACCGCAAAGUGGCUUAACUCGAGUAGCUUGAAGAGAUCGCUUCUUUCCGGGGGGCAAUCCCGGAAGCGAGCAGGUAAUAAUCAAAAAAAAAUCGUGUAGUUUAGAGGUUAGGUGCACUUUUCGUGUGAUUUGUUUACAAUUUUUUAGCUGUAGUGAAUCGUUUUUAUUAAACGUCAAAGCCAAAACCGCUCCAAGGUGACCGUACUUUACGCCAUCCCUCUCUGUGUUUACAAACUCUAUAUCUCUCUCUCUGUUUUAUCUGUUAUUACUUUGUUACAAAAAUGUCAAAAAUAGCAAACUUGUCAAAAAUGUCAAAAACGUCAAAAAUGACAAAAAUGUCAAAAAUGUCAAAAAUGACAAGAAUGUCAAAAAUGUCAAACAUGUCAAACAUGUCCAAAAAUGUCAAAUAUGUCAAAUAUGUCAAAAACGUCAAAAUUGUCAAAAUUGUCAAAAUUGUCAAAAUUUGACAAAAUUGGCAAAAUUGGCAAAACUGACAAAAUUUACAAAAUUGACAAGAAUGACAAAAUCGUUGAUCAUGAUAAUUUUGAUAAUUUUGAUGAUUUUGAUGAUUCUGAUGAUUUGGAUGAUUUUGAUGAUUCUGAUGAUUUUGAUGAUUUUGAUAAUUUUGAUCAUCUUUAACGUGUUUACUUCCUCUAUUUUUCCUUGUGAAAAUAUUUAAGUAACGAAACAAACCUUAAAAAGACUGUUGAUUUCCGUUUUUUGCAUUAAUUUAAAACGUUAUUAUUUAAAACAUAGCUCUGUACUUUGUAGAAUUAAAACAACAACAACAAUGACAACGCAGCGUGCUUUACGAACGAUUUUUUCCUCUUUUUAACUAGUUUUUUAGUUAGUUUUAGCAAAAACACAAAGUGUGACGCGUGCUAGCACCAACCAACCAAUUCUUUAUGACAUUUUUUUUUUUGUAAAGAAUAAAACAAGCUUCUUUAGAGCCUUUUUAGAGCGUAAGAAAAUGUGCCUCUUUGUAAGUGAAACCCCAGAUUUUUAUUGAAAAUAACAAUUACACAAAUCAUGAAAACAAAACCAUAGUGUGUAAGCCAUAUCGAAAGACACCAUUCCA